UGUUUAGUGAACUCCAACAUUCAGACAUAAUUUACAAACGAAGCAUGUGUGUUUAGUGAGUCCGCCAGAUAAGAGGGAGUGGGAAUGUCCAGGGAUGAUAAAUGCGUGAAUUUGACUAUUUUCCUGUCCUGCUAAGCAGUCAAAAUGCAACGAGUACUUUUGGGUGUCAAGGAAAAUGUAUGGAGUAAAAAGUACCCCAAAAAAGAAACUUAAGUAGUACUUUAAAGUAUUUUUACUUAAGCACUGCUUCCAUGCACCUAAUCCAGGUUUUUUCAACAGUUUUCUGUGCAGGCUAUAGCAGUUUGUUUGGGGAGCCUGCGCGCGCGGAGGAGAGACGUGGGGGAAAAGGGAGAGCGAGAGUGAGAGUCAGAAGACAGCAUCAGAAAACCACCAGCAUGGGGUAUUGGUAUUUAUAGUGAUAAGACCAAUGCCCAUCUUUUCUCGUCUUCAUUCUUCAAAGGACACGCAUCGGUCUCUUAUUCCGGAUGUAAAUAAUGCUCAAGUUGACCUAACUUAAAUAGUUUGCGGAAGAUUCAUCAGUGGGGCUCGACAGCGGUGCUUGUCUCUCAUUUGAAGCGUUGGGUCUAAUGGGAGUCGAUAUAGCUUUAUUCUUCACACUCCGACGGGGGUGGUGAAUUGCGAAUAACGCGCCUGGUCUCUUUUUUCCUUGACCAUUGAUUUUUGCAAUGCGAGCUUGUUCGACUCUGCUGUGUCUUUAGGCAUUAAGAGGAUUUUCUCCAUCGCUGUUUAAUCACGCUUCGGUCUUGAAUUGAUUAAUUUGGAAACCAUUUGGACUACAUAACAUCCAGACACCUGGACCUUUUGAUUGACUACCAGGGGAGACAGUGCUGACCUUUGUGUGGACUCUUACGUGUAAGAUUUUUGUUUGUUCUCUAUCUUUCAGAGACAACGGAGUGUUCUUAUCAAAACAGUUGCUGAGGAAUCAUUGACGAAGAUAGGGGGAGAUAGAGACGAGGGGAAUACGAGAUAACGCCAGUGGUGGGGGAACAUGCUGCCUUCGCAAGAUGCUUCCAAGAUUUACCAUGACAACUACAUGCGGAACUCGCGGGCCAUUGGGGUUCUGUGGGCUAUAUUCACCAUAUGUUUGGCCAUUAUUAACGUAGUGGUGUUUAUUCUGCCCUACUGGAUUGGGGACAGCGUGAACACCCCACACGCAGGCUAUUUCGGCUUGUUCCACUACUGCGUGGGCACUGGAAACUCCAACCGGGAGCUCACUUGCCAAGGAACCUUCGCCGAAUUCAGCGGCAUCCCCUCGAGCGCGUUCAAAGCUGCCUCCUUCUUCGUGUUGCUGUCCAUGGUGCUAAUCUUGGGUUGUAUUGCCUGCUUCACCCUUUUCUUAUUCUGCAACACUGCCACUGUCUACAAGACGUGCGCCUGGAUGCAGCUGCUAUGCGCUGUGUGUUUGCUCCUGGGCUGUAUGAUCUUCCCGGAUGGCUGGGAUGCGGAGGUGGUACGCGACAUGUGUGGCGAAAAGACAGGGAAGUACACGCUGGGAAACUGCUCCGUGCGCUGGGCCUACAUGCUGGCCGUCGUUGGCAUCAUGGACGCCCUCAUCCUCUCCUUCCUGGCCUUCGUUUUGGGCAACCGGCAGAAUGACUUCCAGCUGGAGGAGCAGCUCAAAGUAGAACAGAAAGAUUUCGCUGUGUCCAGGCAUCUCCACCUUGGCUCCACCCUCAAGAUGGACAGAAUCCAUUCCUGUUACUUCCUUAUUCCUCUCUCUCUCUCUACCCUUAAUUCAUACCAGAUCCAUUCCUGUUACUUCCUUAUUCCCCUCUCUCUCUCUAGCCUUAUUUCAUACCAGAUCCAUUCCUGUUACUUCCUUAUUCCUCUCUCUCUCUCUAGCCUUAUUUCAUACCAGAUCCAUUCCUGUUACUUCCUUAUUCCUCUCUCUCUCUCUAGCCUUAUUUCAUACCAGAUCCAUUCCUGUUACUUCCUUAUUCUUCUCUCUCUCUCUAGCCUUAUUUCAUACCAGAUCCAUUCCUGUUACUUCCUUAUUCCUCUCUCUCUCUCUAGCCUUAUUUCAUACCAGAUCCAUUCCUGUUACUUCCUUAUUCCUCUCUCUCUCUCUACCUUUCGCUUUUCUUUUUUCCCCAGAUUGAAAUCCGGGAGACCAAGGAUCCACGAUAUGGUGUCCAACUGUUCCACUGAGCAUCCGCCCCAACCUUCCCCUCCUCCCCUUCCUCUCCUCUGCUUGUCCACCUCAGCUCUUCAGGUCCAACCAUCGGUCUUGAAGUGGAGGCUCCAUCCAGCUGUUUGUAAAAAUAGAAAGGAAAUGGAAGAGAACAUAUGUCUGUUUGAAGAGAACUACGAUAAAAAUGAAUAAUAUUAUCAGCUUUAUAAAACUCUGGGAAAAUAAUAAAUGAUAUACAGUAUUAAUUAAUUAUCACAUAAUAUUACUGUAACAAAGGUAAUUCAGUUAUUGAUGAUGAUAAUGCUUGCGGCAGGUGUAUUAUAUGAAAAUCUACAUAUUUUUAUCCAGACAGAUUUUCAUCUUCCCCUCUUUGUAUAUGAAGUCUGGUUCCAAGAAAUACACAAGAAAAUGUGUUUCUAUGGAAACAGGGUAAAAAGACUCAUAGCAAGUAUUACCCCAUUAUUAUCAUCCCUCCAAACCCUUUGGAAUAGCAACCUCUUUUUGAUCAGCAUCUGGGAAAAAUGUGGAUUAUCGGCAUAAUUUAAUCUCUUCCCUCCGUGUAAUUUCAUCGACCAACAUCCCAGAACCAACACAAGUCAUCAGGGGCAAGGACAGUGGUAAUGAUGGACCAAAUUAAUUGACAGGCAUUGAAAAGAAACAAGACCUAACUGCUCUCAGCUCUUUCAUUCUACUGAAUUUCGACCACAUAAUUGUUUUGGGCCCAUUUCUCUUACCGUCAUGUUCCAAUGGUUCUGUUUGUUCGUCCCACCAAAAGACAAAGCCCUGUAUGCUGCAUCUAACUCAGGCUUGCAAAAACGGCUUACAGUACUCUUAUGGUCUGGAGGCACCAAGCUCCAUGCCUUAGACACAACAAGCUCCAUGACCUAGACACAACAAGCUCCAUGACCUAGACACAACAAGCUCCAUUCCCUAGACACAACAAGCUCCAUGACCUAGACACAACAAGCUCCAUUCCCUCGACACAACAAGCUCCAUGACCUAAACACAACAAGCUCCAUGACCUAGACACAACAAGCUCCAUGACCUAGACACAACAAGCUCCAUGACCUAGACACAACAAGCUCCAUGACCUAGACACAACAAGCUCCAUGACCUAGACACAACAAGCUCCAUUCCCUAGACACAACAAGCUCCAUUCCCUGGACACAACAAGCUCCAUUCCCUAGACACAACAAGCUCCAUGACCUAGACACAACAAGCUCCAUGACCUAGACACAACAAGCUCCAUGACCUAGACACAACAAGCUCCAUGACCUAGACACAACAAGCUCCAUGACCUAGACACAACAAGCUCCAUGACCUAGACACAACAAGCUCCAUUCCCUAGACACAACAAGCUCCAUUCCCUGGACACAACAAGCUCCAUUCCCUAGACACAACAAGCUCCAUGACCUAGACACAACAAGCUCCAUGACCUAGACACAACAAGCUCCAUGACCUAGACACAACAAGCUCCAUGACCUAGACACAACAAGCUCCAUAGCAGUGUGGCCGCCACUGAAAAAAUAGGAAAAAUAAGACUGAAUUAUGUUUUAUUGAAAAAUAUAUAAUUUUCAGGAUGGUAAAAAGUUCUCAGCGUAAAUGUAAAUGACUAAAAGCAGAUAUAACAGAUGUAGAAAAGAUAAUGGAGAAUAUAUAUUUUUAUUAUCUAUGAGAACUAACAAUCACCUAAAUAAAAACUAUGGCAUUGGGCCACAUUGAUUUUGUUUGAGUCAUAAAAACACAGCAUAAUCGAUGGGAAAAUGUGUAGAACUACAUGAAAUUAGCCUUAAAACAGCAAAUUUCCUCUCAGCCCCAUGACAAAAUGUGUAUAAUUGCAUGAAAUUAGCUAUACAACAGCAAAAGAGGCCCUCCUUUUAGAGGCCCUCCUAUUGUCUCUGCAGCCAAGAGGAGGGCCUCUAAAACCGUGCCAUUGUCUACACCCACAUUAGGUUAUGUUAGUAUUGUGGAUGCAGAUCUGAGUAUUCUCUCAGGGAGAUAAUUAAGAAUAUAUUAAUACUAUUCAACCUGUGUAGACUAGAGUAAAGUAGAGAAGAGUGUAUGUUAGUUGCUGAUACCUCAGAUGCCCAGAGAUUUUGCCCCACACUUUUCACAGAUCUUCUUACUGUAAGGCUCAGUUGCAGUCAUAGGACAUACAGACAGUUGUAGGUCCUCCCUGAAAUCUAAUCUUAAUUCUCCACCAACAUCGCGCACGGUGGUUGAUUGACUCCAUUUUUGACCAAUGAGAGCUCACCAUUUUGGCAUAACAGAUCCCAUUUUCCGAUCCCAGAUACCAUUUUUGGAUCUCAGAUCAAAUAAAUCCUGGAUAUCCCAGGGUUGUUCUCCAAUGGCGAUUUAGAUGAAGUUUCUUGACAUGUCUUGGAGAAGUCAGUGCUGCAACAAUAGAGGUCAUGUUGGAUGUGGAGGGAAUCAAAGCAAUCUCUUUAGGUGGUCGACGGACUCCUCCGUGGUGCUUUCCCAUCCCUGCUUUCCCAAUCCCCCCCAUCCUUGAUCUUUGAACCUCCAAUAUAGAUGAGGAGAUGUAAGUGCUCCUCUUUUUUUGAGAUGUGGCAAAUAACAAAAGAGGGUGAGCUUAUGAAGAUCAACAAAGGGAGGAGGAGGAACCCAGUAAAUUGGCAGCAAAGCCUGACAAACAAACACAGUCAACGUCCUACUGUAGACGUCAGUCAGAGGCAGGUACCCUUUCUUCAUCCUCUCCUCUCUCCAUCCCUCCUUCCUUCGGCUCCUGUGGAUCAGCCGUUCUAAAAUGAGAACUUGUAAAUGCAAAAAUCUAUGUUUCCUUGGUAGCAUUUGAAUGAGGAUCAUCAUAGUGUUUUGGAUAACUUUCCCCCCCCCCCCGGGCCAAGGCCAUUUUCAGACCAACUGUUUCUGUUCUGGCCCUUUAGUCCCCAUGCCCCUCAGGUGGAUAACGACUGGUGUGACAACUGACCACAGAGGGAUAAGAAUGGGACAGAUAUAACAAAAAUAUAUAAUUUGGUGUGCUUAGUAUUCAUUUCCUUUCACCUGUUUUCUACAUGUCUGUACUCUUUUCUGAUUAUGUUUAUAAAGACAACAUGACGAGGACUGAGUUGACUCCCAACUAUAGUGUUACGAGGUUGUGCAUAUCAACACCUGUCCAUCAAAUUACCUCUGGUCUAUAGGCACUAAUGGAACAAGAGCCCAAGUUGACGCAGGUGUACGGGAGUACCUCAUGGUCGAGUACUUGGACCCUUACAAAUAUUUGGAGAUUUAUAUUUUGCAGAGAGACCGGUGUUUUGUGCAGUAGGGGUGACCUCACUAGGCUGUUUUGUUUUGAAUAGUGGCGUGUGGCACACCUUUCAUUGAAUGUUUCAUUGGGCUAGUCUCCUGUAAACCACUCUCGUGACCCAUUGGCCCGACUGCCCAGUGUGGGGGAAGAGCUGCAGGAAUGACAACAUCUCGAAGGUUUCUUCAGGACAGAGCUUCCAAAUGGUCACUGUGUUCCCUAUGUAGUGCACUACUUUUGUCUCCGUGUUCCAUAUGUAGUGCACUACUUUUGACUCCGUGUUCCCUAUGUAGUGCACUACUUUUGUCUCCGUGUUCCCUAUGUAGUGCACUACUUUU